AGUUUGACGUUCAGUGCAGGAAUUGAAAUCACUCACAGUGUUGCCAGCGACCGAACCGACCAGUUCUUGUUUGAACUCCUACGCUCUAGCAGCAAAUUGCCAGUCAAGACCCAAGAAAGGCCUAAGCUAACCGCAAGUUAGUCAAAAAAAUUUAUAAAACACCCCGCACAUACACAAUAAAACAGAAUCAUGUCUGAUGCAUCGAGCGAUAACCCAAUCUACGGACCCUUCUUCGGAGUCAUGGGAGCAGCCUCAGCCAUCAUCUUCAGUGCUCUGGGAGCGGCCUAUGGUACCGCCAAAUCAGGAACAGGUAUUGCUGCCAUGUCAGUGAUGCGACCUGAAUUGAUCAUGAAAUCCAUCAUUCCCGUUGUCAUGGCUGGUAUUAUUGCCAUUUACGGUUUGGUCGUAGCUGUCCUUAUUGCUGGUGCUUUGGGGGAGCCCUCAGAGUACUCACUGUACAAGGGCUUCAUCCAUUUGGGUGCCGGUUUGUCGGUAGGUUUCUCUGGUUUAGCGGCAGGUUUUGCGAUCGGUAUAGUUGGUGAUGCUGGUGUAAGAGGUACAGCACAGCAACCGCGUCUCUUCGUCGGUAUGAUUUUGAUUCUCAUUUUCGCUGAAGUAUUGGGUCUGUACGGUCUUAUUGUUGCCAUUUACUUGUACACAAAAUAAAUUAAUACAAAAAUUACAACCACAACCAAUCCAACAUCCACAUCAAAUAAAACAACAAAAUGCAAAAAAUCAACCAACCAACCAAACAAUCAUUAAAAUGCAAGAAACAAAACUCAUCAUAGAAAUUUGUAAUUGUAUGAACGCAGCAACAAACAAGUAAAGGAAAACGAGAAGGACCACCAUCAGAAAUAAUAGUAAAGGCAGUUGCCAAACAAAUAUGAAUGCAAUAAUAGCAGCAGAUCUCCCAGAGCCACAAGUAUUGGUUGCAAAAGAGCCAAAGAAAUUUAAAUAAUACACGUGGCUGGUUAAGUAUUGAAAUAUUCAUAACUUCAUCGAAUAAAGGAUGAAGCGAAUAGUUGCAGAAGUUAUAUACAAUUUACAUAAUGUGCAACAUUCAACAUAAUUCAGCAGGACAUGCGUCGAACACAACAACUGUUACGUCUAUAUGUUUGUCUAUACAAUACCCGACUUUAUUCUAUUUAUGUUACGUUACUUUUUGAUUUUUAUUUAUUUUCGGGGAGCUAAUACCAUUAUCCAUAACAGCAAAAAUUCAACAAUUUAUAUUUGUAUAUACAUAAAGUAACCAAGUGUUAAACUAAAAUGAAAGAUUGGGUCUCUUUUUUUCGCUGCGAAGAAAUGGAAAACAUAGUAACUACGUAAAUGUUAUAAAUAUUUCAACACUUAAAUCGUUAGCAAUAACAACGAGACUAGUUUACGUCAAAGCGUUAUAGAUCGCUGCCAAUUUUUGCUAAGUUGCUGUGCUUUUUUAAGUGUUUUCUACUCUGAAAAAUUAUUUGUCGCGUUUUUGCGUUUAUAUUUGCAACGAGUUUCCGUUUUGUUUAUGUUUUUUUCUGAAAUUUCCUUUUGUUUUCUGUGUAAUUAUAACUAUAAACUAUUAUAACUAUAAAUAUUUUCAACAACGUUUAUUGUUGUUGUUUAAUGAAAAACUUGCGUAAUUAAAGUAGAAAAGAAAACCACUUCAACCAAAAGCCGUAAAGUUUAAAAGAAAAAUGGGAAAUGAAUCAACCAACAAACAAACUUGUUAAAUAAAAUGUACAUGUAAAUUAAAAUUUAAAAUUAAAAUUAAUUAAAUUUAAAUAAAGCAAGCAAAGAAACAGUAUAAACUUAAAAAAUAUUAAAUAUUUAGUGAGAAACCACCAACAAAGCAACUACAAAGACAACCCAUUCAAUGUAAUAAAAACAACCACCAGCAACAAAGUGAUGAGAGCACGAAUUAAAUAAUUGAAGGCGAGCGGGAUAUGGAUACUGGAGUCAGUAGAGUAUGAUCAUGACAGAAAAGAGCACCGAGCCCCAAUGUUUGAUUAUUUCAUUGUUGAACGCAAGCUAUGUUUUCGAAUUUCGAAGAUUUCUCUUUGACCAACUUCCUAACUCGGCGCUUGCGCAUAUCGCAUGUGAACACACACACACACACACACAUCGAGGAGACGUUUAUCAAAAUCAUGCGCACACAAGAUGCGUAAACACUACUUCAAGCCUACUUUUAGGCGAUAUAAUAUUUCUUGUCAUAGCUCUCUGCGCUCGACAUAUCGGCUUUGCGGCUCGCUUUGAAAGCUUCUUGUUGCAUUGAUUGAAGGAAAGAUCACAUGUUGAGAACGAACAACGGCUCGUCAAAAUUGCGGCAAUU